AGGUGGGGGUUGGAGUCAGAUCAGCCCUGUAAUGGUCUCUGGUUAUCAGCUGCUGUUUGCCUCCUUUAAGUGGCAAUGUUACCUUAUAACCAUGUUCCAUCCAGGGCCAGCAGAGAGGCUGUAGCAAUGGUAACACUGUGGCCAAGCUGCUAGCUCUAGCCUAUUUGCAGCAAAGCGCUGGGACAGCUGCCCCUUUAGCACCUAGGUAGGUCUAAAUCUGACCGGCUCUGCCUGCCAGGAGGGAAAAAAAGCAUCUGUCCUACUUCAAACAAACAAACAACCGCCCCCCCUCCCCAAAAAAAUCACCACUAGGAGUGGAUUAUUUUUAUUGGCUGGAAUCAAGAAGGGGGGGAAAAAAUUGGACCUUGACAAUAUCACCUUUAAUCAUAAUACAAUUAUUUCUCUGGAGAGAUGAAGAAGUUUUUUGACUCUCGUCGAGAGCAGGGCGGUUCUGGCCCUGGUUCUGGUACCAGUGGAGGAAGUGGCAGUAAUACAGUGGCAGGGAGUGGGUACAUUGGCAGGGUGUUCCAUAUUGGGAGAUACCAGGUGACGGUGGAUGAAGUGCUGGCUGAAGGUGGAUUUGCUAUCGUGUUUCUGGUGAGGACUAACAAUGGGAUGAAAUGUGCCCUGAAACGAAUGUACGUCAACAAUGAGCAUGAUUUGCAAGUCUGCAAAAGAGAGAUUCAGAUCAUGAGGGAUCUAUCUGGACACAAGAACAUUGUUGGAUACAUUGAUUCUAGUAUAAACUCAGUGAGCAGUGGUGAUGUGUGGGAAGUCUUGAUUCUAAUGGACUUUUGCCGAGGAGGCCAGGUGGUGAACCUGAUGAACCAACGCUUGCAGACGGGAUUCACAGAGAAUGAGGUCUUGCAGAUUUUUUGCGAUACCUGUGAAGCUGUAGCCAGGUUGCACCAGUGUAAAACGCCUAUAAUCCACAGGGAUCUGAAGGUUGAAAAUAUCCUGCUACAUGAUCGUGGCCAUUAUGUCCUGUGUGAUUUCGGAAGUGCCACCAACAAAUUCCAGAACCCUCAAAUGGAAGGAGUGAAUGCAGUAGAAGAGGAGAUCAAGAAGUACACCACAUUAUCCUAUAGAGCACCAGAAAUGGUCAACCUGUAUAGUGGCAAACUUAUUACUACAAAAGCAGAUAUAUGGGCCCUUGGUUGUUUACUGUACAAAUUGUGUUACUUUACUUUACCAUUUGGGGAGAGUCAGGUGGCAAUUUGUGAUGGAAACUUCACCAUUCCGGACAACUCUCGCUACUCCCAGGACAUGCACUGUCUCAUACGGUAUAUGCUUGAACCAGACCCCGACAAGAGACCUGAUAUUUACCAGGUCUCCUACUUUGCAUUCAAGUUAACAAAGAGGGAGUGCCCUGUCCCAAAUGUACAGAAUUCUCCAAUCCCUGCUAAGCUCCCAGAACCAGUGAAAGCUAGUGAAGCAGCUGCAAAAAAGAGCCAGCCAAAAGCCAGGCUGACUGAUCCCAUUCCUCCAAUGGAAACCUCCAUAGCUCCACGUCAGAGACCUAAAGCAGGACAGACACAACCCAACCCUGGAAUUCUGCCUAUUCAGCCAGCCCUCACCCCUAGAAAGAGGCCAACAGCCCAAGCAGCCAUCCAGCCACAAGUUGCAGGCCCUGCUGCUUUGGGUGGUGGCCAGCCCUCGCUUCCUGCAAGCGUUCAGCAGCCUAAAGCGCCACCUCCGCAAGCUCAACCACAGCCUGCCCCUCAGCCCCAGCCCAAGCAGCCGCCUGCUCCUCAGCAGACCCCGGUAGCCCAGCCACCAGUCCCUUCUACUCAGCCGCAGGCCACACCUCAGCAUCAGCAGCAGCUCUUCCUGAAGCAGCAGCUACUGCAGCAGCAACAGCAGAUGAUGCAGGCUCAGCAGUUCCAAGUGAUGCAGCAGCCAGCCAUGUCGCAGUUUCAAGUGAUCCAGCAGGGAGCGCCGGCGCAGCAGCAACUGAUGCAGAACUAUUACCAGCAGCAGCUGAUUGCGCAGCAGGCAGCCAUGCAACAGAAGACCGCGGUAGUGGUGGCUCAGCCAAAGCAACAGGCUCCAGUGCCGCAGCAGCCACAGGCUGCAGUCCAGCCAGCACCUGCGCAGGAGCAAGUGAAGCAGGCCCCGAUAAGGCAACAGCAAAAACCUCAAACGACACCGCCUUCAGCUGUCCAGGGGCAAAAGCUGGGCUCCCUCACCCCUCCGUCCUCCCCCAAGACGCAGCGCGUGGGACACAGGAGGAUUCUGAGCGACGUGACGCACAGUGCAGUUUUUGGGGUCCCAGUCAGCAAAUCUACCCAGCUCCUGCAGGCGGCUGCUGCUGAGGCCAGUCUCAACAAGUCCAAGUCUGCAUCCACGACACCGUCUGGCUCCCCUAGAACCUCACAGCAGAAUGUCUACAAUCCACCGGACGUCUCCACGUGGAACCCGUUUGAUGACGAUAACUUCUCCAAACUCACGGCGGAGGAGCUGCUGAACAAGGACUUUGCAAAACUGAGCGACGGUAAACCUCCAGAAAAGCUUGGCAGCUCCACAGAGAACUUGAUUCCAGGCUUUCAGCCAGCACCCUCUACAACACAGGCAGAUGCUUUCGGUGGUUCUUCCUUUACAGCUGCAUCAGCUGAAAAAACAAAAGACAUCCUGAGUCUGGACACUAGCCCUCCGCUUCUAGCUGUGCCUGAUCCUUUCAUUCCUCUUCCGUUAUCCGACACACCAGAAAAACUGAUUGAGGGUCUCAAAUCUCCUGAGACUGCGCUUCUGCUCCCUGAUAUCCUGCCUCUAGCUGACCCCUUCGGUUGCACCUCUGAUGCUGUGAAUGGAAAAGAUGACAUACCUGUUGAGAGUCUCAUACCUGGCCUGGAGGCUCCACUGCCCCAGCACCUCACCUCCCAGACCGACUCAGUUACUUCCAACAGAACAGACUCGCUCACUGGGGAAGAUUCUCUACUUGACUGCUCUCUGCUUUCUAACCCCGCUGCUGACCUCUUGGACGAGUUUGCUCCUAUAGCUAUUUCAGCUCAAGCUCACAAAGAAGAUACUAAUCUGAUAUCAGGCUUUGAUGUUCCUGAGGGCUCUGAAAAGGUGGCAGAAGAUGAGUUUGACCCUAUCCCAGUGUUGAUAUCCAAAAAUUCACAAGGUGGGCAUUCUAGAAACAACAGUGGAAGCUCUGAAUCCAGUCUUCCCAACCUAGCCAGGUCUUUACUGCUGGUGGAUCAGCUCAUAGACCUGUAGCAGUGACCCAGUAGCAGAUGCAGUUUCUGUAACGUACCUUAUCUACAUUUUCAUUUCCAGAGGAGUUAACCUUCAGGUUUUUUUGGGUUUUAUUAACAAAAAAAAAAAAAAAAAAAAAAAUCUGCAAACAGAAGGAGACAACCCCCUAUGUUCCCAUCUCCCGGCCCAGGAACGGAUUCUAUUUCUGUCCCACCUAUUCCCAUAGUCCGUCCUUCAGCUCAUCCCUGGUACAAUCUGCUAUGGUUCCUUAUGCACCUGUCUUGGCUAGCAUAUGUCUAAAGGAAACACUAUUCCUCAUUAUCCACUCUGCUGAGACUUACACAUAGCUCCACCGAAAGCUUAACUGUAAAUGAAUUAGUUAAUUGUAGUCUAUGUAUGAUCCUUGCUAGAAAUGGCAUACAACGGAUAUUUCUUUUUCCUUAGGCUAGAGUGCUAACAUAUGUGUUUAACCUUAGAGGGGAGAAGGGAGGAUUUCCGACAAAUGGGCAAAAGGAAAGGACACAUAAAAUCACUAGCGCUAUUCAUCUCCUAGGUAGGAGACAAAUUAGGAGAAGAUGGUUUUUAAAUUGGCAAUAUAUGCUUCAGAGGGGGAAAAAAAAAUAAAUUGGGUAUUGCUGCAGUGGAGCUGCACGGUAAAUAUGGUGAUCAUGUAAAUUGAGAGGGUUUUCCACACCCCCUCUAAAAUGAUCCAGCUCCCGAACAGAUUGUGCUUUCUCAAAAAAGAACCCCAAAUGUUAAUGAUAGAAAAAGGACCCCAAGUGAAAUAUUUCAAAAAUUGAGAACCAAAUACAUGCGAGUAUGGCUGUAGUGUCUUUAUACUGAAUGAACUGUUAGCCGAAAAGGGCAAUGUGGCAGCAGCGGAUGUAUUUUCCUGUUAUUUUUGUGUGCGUGCGUGUAUGUAUGUGUUUUUAGAUUAAAAAAACAAGCUGUAAAUUGUGUACAAACCAAAUUGUCCAACAGUUGUUUUUUCUUAACCUGGGUUUUAGUCAAACGUCUCGUAUCUGUUCUGGGUUUUCCUCUUUUCCCUUGUAACUACAUAUAGUGCAACAUAGUUAAGUAUGGAACCAUUUUUCAGUAGACAAGUUACUGUAAACUUUAUUCAGAUCUUCAGUCUUUGUAGAACAAGCAUGCACUCUCCUCAAACAGUUGGAAAUGAGUGCUGACAAGCUAGAUACAAUUUGAUGGCAUUUACCUUUUUCUUUUUACCUUGACAUGCUUAGUUUGUCAACUAACUGGAUACGCUAAACUUGUUUUCAUUGGCUUAUGAUCUUAAAGUCCAGCAUUCCUAUCAUAUAUUUGAAAAUUCUUCCUGAAUAAAAGGACUCUUCCUCUGUAGUGGAAUAAUUACUAGCUUACUGCUAACCUUGUGUAUGUGUAUGUAGCUGUAUUAGUACAAGUGCAGACUCUCAUGUGCGAAAGUAUGAAUGACUAAAUUAUAGAUGUAUUGACCUCUCCCUGAGAGGGAAAGACAUUAAAGUCUGUGAGCAUUUCUCUCCUAUUUCCAGUUUCACCACUAUUCCCCCCCCACCAACAUUUAGUUUAACAAAUUCUGUAAAUAGAACUAACCAUCAAUUGUCUGCUCUCCGUUAAUCUUCUUUUAAAAUCUACACUUCAUAAUAAAAGUAUUGCUUAAAUGUGUUGUAUCAUUACAUGUGUAAUACUGCACUUUCCAGAAGAAGCUUUACAUGAGAGAGCUAUGGAAAUGAUCUUAGUAAAAUUGUCAAUAGAAUUUUAUUUUUAUUUUUUGUUUGUUUGUUUUUUAUUCCUAAAGCAGGCAAAUUGGACUGGAGAACAUGAAAAAGCUUUAGAUAGAAAGUUAUUGUAUAGCCAGAUACUGAAAAUACAUGAAAAGAGAAUGGAUUUAAAAAAAAAAAGUAAUCAUCUACUGUAUAUUAGAAACCAAGAGAUUUCUGUGAAUUAAAGUACUUUUAAAGAAUG